AUGAAACGCCUUGAGCCAAUAUUCUUGAUGAACGUUUAUCUUUAUCUUGAAACAUAUAACGACGUCAUGAAUUUCAUAAAAAUCAACAAAUCUUGUGCUAAGUUGGCAUGUUCUAUGCACAUUAAUCCAGUUUUGAUAUCAUCAGUAGAUAUCAUCAAAUAUUCAAAAAUGUUUCCUUUGACUACUUUGAAUAUGAAUUACAAAAUAUUCAGUUGUGAUGAAUAUGCCACAAAAUCUCUUGCUGAUCUUCAACAUUUCCGUUUUGUUUCGUUAAAUAACAAUUUCCCCAAUGAUCUAUUAGACAAAAUUGAUUCUGCUGAAAUCACCAACGUUGAUCAAAUCAAAACACAACUUUUUGAAUCGUUAAAAGUGUUAUCGAUUCAUUCAUUAUACUUCCCAUUAUUUCUGGAGAAGUUCGAACAACUCGACAUCAACAAAAUGAAGUUCCCAAAAAUGAUAUUUCUCAGAAAAUGUGAUGCAAAUAUGUGGAGUAAUCAACCAAUUUGGAGUGAUACAAAUAAAGUUAAAAUUAUGCCAGCAUUAGAGUGUAAAUUAAUUGAAGAAACUAUGAAAAAAUAUAACACAGAAAUUAUUUUAUUAUGGGGAAACCCUAAAAAUAUGGAUUUCUCCAUAUACACCAAGUUCAACAAUUACACUGAAAAUUACAUAAACUCUAAUUUGGAUAUUUGUAAACCAAUUUCUUCAAAUGUUAAAUUCACAAUCCACGAUUAUGCAACACAAGAAAACAUCGACAAAAUCAACGAAAUUAUCAUGAAAAGUUUCUCACAAAAUGUCUCAUUCUUUAUGAAUAUACAACGAAAUUUAAUGCAACAAUUUAAUACAACUAUUGGACAAUUUAAUGCACCGAUUUCUGAAACUAAUGGAUCACCAAACAAUGAAAUUUAUGAUGCACUUUUGUUCGACUCGACACAAAUAAAUUUUAAUACACUUGACUCAACUUUUUAUUUCCAAGGAAAAAACUCAAAAGUGAUAAUAGGGAAGAACCUCCCACGAAAAAUUGUUUUAGAAAAAGUUUCAGUUUGUAUUCAAUAUGGUGUUCUUAUUAAAAAUGUCACAGAGGUACAAUUGAAACAAUAUAAUGGAAGUGAAAUGUAUAAUACACAAGACGAAAUUAAACGCACGUUUGUUGGGUGGGAAGAUUUUGUAUUUAGCUUUGAAAGUCAAAUAACAACAGUUGAAACACCAUCAGAAAAGGUUUAUGAUCGAAUGAACCAAUUCCCAUUUCCAUUUGCCGAAACAAUUGUUUUGGAUAUAUCGAAUAACCUCAAUAUAUCAUUUGAAAGUUGUGAACACAUCAGAGAAAUCAAAUUCAAAAAUGUUACAAAUUUUGUCACAACUUUUGGUCGACAAAAUAACAGAAUAAUUGAAAAAAUUUCUGCUGAGUUUUGUAAGAAUUUUGUUUUUCUUGAUAUCACUUGUAAAUCAUUUAAUUGCACUAAUAGUAUUAUUGGUAUAUUAGAAACUGCUCAUAUUGAAAAAUUCAUUUCUGAGAGAUCUAAUAUCCACUUUUUUGGCCAAAAUUUCAAUUCAAUUUUGAACAUUAAAUUGCUGCAAACAACAAUUACACCAAACAAAAUGUUGUGUUUCUCUAACGUUAAAACAUUUUCAAUAUCUGAUAUUGAGAAUUUCACUUUUGCGAUGAAUUGUGUCGAGGAAAUAGAAAUUGAAAAUUCACAUCACAUCAAUUUUGAAGGCGAUUACUCUAAACUUUCAAAAUUGAGUGAAAAGUUCUCAUUUGCACUCAACUUCUGUUCACUUCCUAAAGGCCUUCAACCAAGUUCUUGUAAAAAAGAAGAAAUUGUUAUUUCGAAUGAAAAAGAUCUCACCACAUUAUUCGCAAUUAUUGAUCAAAAUAACGCAAAUGUUGAUUAUAUUAACACGUUAAAAAUGACAACAUUUAAUCCCACUUAUUUUUUAAGAAACACUAGAGUCGAAUAUUUAACACUUGAAAGUAUCACAUCAAAUGUAAAAGACGAUUUAUAUUUAAAUUUUGUCAAUUUAAUAUGCAAAAAGUGCGAAGUGAAUGCAGUCUUUGUGAAAAACAAUAUCAACACAAUUCAUAUUGAAAACUCGAAGGUCACAAUUAAAAAAAUCAGAGAAUUAAUUAAAACGAACAAACAACUGUUUUUUGAAAAAUGCGGCAUUUUCAAUUCAGAUGUAGAUAUCACAGGGAUCGCAAUAGGUGAACUUGUUAUGCAAAAUGUCGACCAAACGUUCUUUGACAAGAACAUAAGUAUAACAACUCAGCACGUUGAACUCAUUGGAAUUGUUAAUAUUAAGAUUAACAAUAUGCCAAAAUUUGAGUGUAAAAAUAUCAAACUGAAAAAUUGCCAAAACAUUGAAAUAAUGGUUUUGAGUGGUGUCGAUAUUGUUGUUGAAAAUUGUGAUAAUAUUGUCAUAUCUUCUAUUGGAGAUAUCACUUUUAUACAACACGACUCUACAAAUGUCAAAAUAGAGAAAAGUCAACUUUUUAAACAAACAGUAAGUGCAAAUUUAAUUGGAGGAGAUCUAUUUGGAGAGUUUAAGGGAACGACCACUGGGUGGGCUGGUUUUCAACACCAAAAUUAA